AUGAGUUUUGCUUAUGAUUUACUUCUUUUUGCUAGAGGGAACACUAUGUCCGUUGAGCUAAUGAUGCAAGCCUUUAAAGGCUUCUCUAAUUCAACAGGGAUGAAUGUCAAUCCAAGCAAGUACAAGGUUUACUUUGGGAAUGUGGAGAGCACUAUCAAGCAGAAUAUCAAGCAGGUGACUGAGUUCACUGAAGGGCCUCUUCCUUUCAGGUAUCUUAGUAUCUCCCUCAAUAGCAAGAAGCUUCCUGUUGAGAAGUGUCUGAUUCUAGUUGAUAAAAUUGUCAAUAGGAUUAAGCAUUGUAGUGCUAAAAUCCUUAGUUUUGCUGGGAGGCUCCAACUUAUUAAUAGUGUCUUAUUUUCCACGACUAACUAUUGGUUACAAUAUUUUCCUCUUCCCCAAACUGUUAUGAAAAAAGUUGAAGCUGCCUGCGGAUCUUUCCUCUGGUCUAACAGUGAUAAAGUCACUAGGAAAUCCCUCAUUGCUUUGAGUAAAGUUUUUCUACCAAAAAAGCAAGGUGGCCUGAACAUUAUUUCUAUUACUGGUUGGAAUAAGGCGUGUCUCACCAAGUUGUUAUGGAAUUUGUGUGGUAAGGCUGAUAGCCUGUGGAUCAAAUGGAUCCAUAGUUACUACACCAAACAUCAGGAUAUCAUGACUGUCCUUAUCAAAACCAAAUGUUCUUGGAUUUUAAAAGUUAUCCUUAACCAAAGACAUGCGGUGUGCCAUCUUGAUGAGUGGAAAGAUAUGUUGCUUCAGGAAAAGGCAUGCACCAGGAAAAUUUAUUAUGCUAUCAAGACUCAAUAUUAA